AUGCUUCAGGAGAACUGUACAGCAAUGCUGGAUUUUAUGUUUUUGGCUUUUCCCACUCAACCACAGUAUCAGUCUUUGCUUUUCUUGGGCAUUAGCACAGUUUAUGCAAUUAUAAUUAUAGCUAACACACUGAUUAUAUUAGCUAUCUGGAGGAACCCUCAUAUGCACAUCCCUAUGUAUUUCUUUUUGGGAGUUCUCUCUGCGAUUGAACUCUGCUAUACAGCAACUGUGGUCCCACAGAUCUUGGUGACCAGCUUGCAAAAGAAGAAGGUCAUCAGUUUUAGGAGUUGCUGUGCCCAGAUGUUUCUUUUCAUUGGACUAGGUAGUGCUGAUUGCUUCUUGCUGGCUAUCAUGGCCUUUGACCGUUAUGUGGCUAUUUGUAAGCCUUUGAAAUACAACUUCAUCAUGACUCAGCAGCUAUGCAUUCAGCUAGUAGUUGUCUCAUUGAUUAUUGCUUUCCUGAUUUCCCUGAUACUGGUAUGGUUAGUCUUUCACCUCUCCUUCUGUGCUAAGCUUGGAAUUGAACAUUUCUUCUGUGAUGUGCCCCCUAUAUACCAGCUCAUAAGUAAUAAAACUGAAGUCAAUGAAGUUGGGAUACUGUUUUCAGGAGUAAUGGCCAUUGCAGUGCCUUUCAUAUUGAUCUGCAUCUCUUAUCUUUUCAUCACGAUUGAAGUGCUGCAGAUCCAUUCAGCCAAUGCUCAUCAAAAGAUUAUUUCUACUUGCUCUUCCCACCUAGCUGUGGUGGCCCUCCAGUAUGGUUGUUGCAGCUUUAUGUACUUGCGUCCAAACACCAGCUUUUCUCCAAAGCAAGACCAGCUACUCUCCAUGGUCUAUACUCUGGGCACACCAUUACUCAACCCCAUAAUCUACAGUCUAAGGAACAAAGAAAUGAAGGUAGCCCUGAAGAAAGUCCUCGGCCACUGA